GAAAGGGAGAGAGAGAGAUUAUCUCACUCUCCCAGUCGCAGUCGCAACCGGAUCACAUCCAGCUUCUCUCUCCACACGGCAAUAGCAGGACAAUGUCUAGUAAAGCGACUUUAGCCUUACUCAUCUAUGGAAUCAUAAUGCACUACAGCAUCCACUGCUCACCUCUCGGGCUAAGCUAUCCUAACCUUAGACUUGAAAAUGAGGUUUAUGACGAGAAUGGAAAUUCGUUACCGGACUUGGCUUUUGACAGUGAUCAAAUUGCUAUAAGAAGUCCCCCAUCUGUGGCGGACGACGUGUACACUUUAUACUACCCACCGGAGAAAAGAACGGAAAGGCAUGCAGACGGAAUGUUUAAUAAAGCCUACAGGAAAGCGCUGGGUCAGUUAUCAGCAAGAAAAUAUCUCCAUUCUCUGAUGGCAAAGCGUGUAGGUGGAGGGAGCACCAUGGAAGACGACUCUGAGCCUCUGUCAAAGCGACACUCGGAUGGGAUCUUCACAGACAGCUACAGCCGCUACCGAAAGCAAAUGGCAGUCAAGAAAUACCUGGCGGCAGUCCUUGGGAAAAGCCCUGAAGACUUAGGUUUUCACCAUAUUCUACAAGACAUAGACUUUGAUGCCCUACCGGAUGGGGAUGAGUUUGAGGCUAUUUUGGGAGACUGGCUGAAACAGUUCUCUCCCGAAUUUCCGGUGAGUUCCAGGCUCUUUCCCGAGGCCUUGUCUUGAGGGAUGUCUCUUGUCCCUCCCUCUCUUUCUCACCUUACCCUGUGAUCUUACACUCCAGAUACUAUAUACAACCCAAUCUUCUUCUUUUCUCAUUUGUGUUCCUGUCUCUCUAGAGGUACUGUACAACUGUAUCUAUAUUCACACCUAUACUGCAUGCAGUAUACGUAUGAACGUGAACAUAGAUGCAUAGAUGUGUUUUACACAUUGAAUGUGUACUGUAAAUCCUUUAAAAUUCCCCACAAAUAUCAUAUUGGAGGCUGUAGGAUAAUAAUGUGACUGCUAAACAGUAUUAUAAAUCAAUUAUUUAUUUAAGGCCAAAACAGACAUGACCCCACAGGCUCUAGAAUCCUUAUAUAUGGCAGUAAUUCAAAUACUAAAGUGGAAUACUUGUUAGAAUGACCCCUAUGACCUCCGUGACCCUCGUAAGAUGAGGACCAGAGUGCUUUUGAGCUUUUACUUUCCUUCCUGUUCUUCUUCUUCAGUGUUAAAGAAAAUGAGCUUACACUUUUGAACUUUGUGCAAAGUAUCUAUCUUGUGUUCCUCUGUAGUGGUAUACAUGUGUUUGAAAAGCUCUUGAAAACCUGGAACGCUGUUAAAGGUUUUCCAUUUGUCUCUUCUCGCCACAUAAGAAGCAUCGUGAACAUAGAAUAACCUGAAUGGUCAUCGGACUCAAAAAGAAAGUCCAAUAAGAAAAUCGAGACCAUUUCCACUGACAUUGUACUUUUUAUGUGGCUUCACUUAAUUUCAAUGUAUUUUUUUUUAUUUUUCACGAGGAACAUUUCAGAGGCGGUUUGAAAACGUGUUGCACCUUCCUGGUCUACUGUGCUUUCCCCUAUCUUGUCAUGUGAACCGAUGUAAAGCUAGAUCGCAUGAUUAAAGUAAUUGCACUAGCCACCAAAUCUGUGCAAACUACUGCAA